AUGAAGGGCUUUAGGCAAAGAGUGCACGAGCAGCUAUCGCGAGCCAAAGACUCCAAUAAGUCUUCCAAGAAGAAGGAUUCGAAUUCCGGCACCGCCUCUCCCCUCUCUGCUUCAACCACGGCCGUUGGUGGUGAUUCUAGAUCUCCCAAUAGCUCCAACGCCGCUACCCCAAGCUCCUCUUCCACGAACGUCAACGACAUCCGCAGUAAAAACAACAAUGAUAGUGCACCAGGAAAUCACGCGGGUACACAUCAUGGUGGAAACGCGACUGGACCUGGGAGUAUAGCACAGCAUUUUUUGCAACAAGCCCCGGGCCAUGGAUCGGGCAGCACUGGGACCCCUGGGCGACAAGGAGCCCACAUUGCUCCCAGCGUUAUCAUCAGUCCGAGUAAUAAUCCUCACAUGCCGGCUCCUGGUGCGACAGAAACCAUGCCUGGUGACCUUGCGCCUCCUAAGGCCGGUCAAAAAUCACUCCUGUUCGAUCGACUACAAACCACACCGAAAGAUGUACCAGAAGGCCUCAGAACUCCCAAGAGACAGCACUCCUCUCGCUUCGAUGUUUCGGAUCAGAGAGCACGCGAGCUUGAGAAACUUCCCGGAUUUCACGAAGUUCCACCGAACCGAAGACAAGAACUUUUUAUGCAGAAGAUUGAUCAGUGCAAUAUCAUAUUUGAUUUCAACGACCAGACUGCCGACAUGAAGUCGAAAGAGAUCAAAAGAUUGGCUUUACAUGAGCUACUUGAUUAUGUCGCCAACAACCGAUCAGUCAUCACCGAACCAAUGUAUCCCAAAGUGGUAGAGAUGUUCAGCAAGAACUUGUUUCGACCUGUCCCACCCCCUGUCAAUCCUCAGGGCGAGGCUUUCGAUCCUGAGGAGGACGAGCCGGUCUUGGAGGUGGCUUGGCCCCAUAUUCAAGUUGUCUAUGAGUUCUUCUUACGCUUCAUCGAGAGUCAAGACUUCAACACCAACAUUGCUAAAGCAUACAUCGAUCAUCACUUCGUCCUACAGUUACUCGAACUAUUUGACUCCGAAGAUCCGAGAGAGAGGGAUUUUCUCAAAACUACUCUUCAUCGAAUUUAUGGCAAAUUUUUGAAUCUUCGGUCAUACAUCCGGAGGUCCAUCAACAAUGUUUUCUUCCAAUUUGUCUACGAGACGGAAAGAUUCAACGGCAUUGCGGAACUUCUCGAAAUCUUGGGUUCGAUCAUCAAUGGCUUCGCGUUGCCAUUGAAGGAAGAACACAAGCUGUUCCUGACUCGAGUCCUUCUACCUCUUCACAAGGCAAAGAGUCUCAGCAUGUACCAUCCACAGCUGGCCUAUUGCAUAGUUCAGUUUCUCGAAAAGGAUGCGGCGUUGACAGAGGAGGUGGUUCUAGGACUACUUAGAUACUGGCCCAAGACCAACAGCACCAAAGAGGUCAUGUUCCUGAACGAAGUGGAAGAUAUUUUCGAGGUCAUGGAUCCUCAAGAGUUUGCAAAGGUGCAGGAACCACUUUUCAACCAACUGGCAAAAUCAGUGGCCAGCCCUCACUUUCAGGUGGCUGAACGAGCACUGUAUUUCUGGAACAACGAAUAUUUCUGUAACCUCGUCAGUGACAAUGUGGAGACCAUUCUUCCCAUAAUGUUUGCACCGCUGUACGAGAAUUCCAAGGGUCAUUGGAAUCGAACGAUCCAUGGGAUGGUGUACAAUGCGAUGAAACUCUUCAUGGAAAUCAAUCCUCAAUUAUUCGAUGAGUGCUCCCACGACUAUAACGAGUUGCAGAACAGUGCGCCUCAACGUGAGAAGGCACGUCAAGCCAAAUGGGAUAAACUCGCCGAGUCAGCAAAGAAGCUGAAAACUGGAGUGGCCGCCCCGCCUGAAGCGGCCCCGAUCGAGGAGGAAUCAGAACCAGAUGCAACACAAGACAACCAAGAGAGGUUGGAUGCACUCAAACUUCAUGAUGAAUCGGCAUCUACCAAGACAACAUCGGAGACAUCGAGCCCAUUCUUCGGGCGAUUCACAUCGAGUAGUAAUGCCCCACCUGCAGCGCCAUGGCAGUGGAAAAUCUCAACACUGAGAUAUCGGGGGGAACUGUGGGUGGCGGCAACGACCAAGACCAGUCCCAGCAUCACAAGCAAGCGUGAGUUUGAAAAUUUUGUGUAUUUCGAGCUCGGCGAAGCUCGAGAGGCUCUCGGAAAGGGCUUCUGUGGCACGAUAGAUUCCGCGUUGGCUUUUGAGGAUAUUGGUCGAAACUAG